AUGGCCAGAAUCAAAACGGGUGUCUUCUCAUGGGAGGAUGUGCUGGCACAGCGGUAUAAUAACAAUAAACCCACCGCUCUCCCUCGACCCCGAAAACCCAGCACCCUCAAUCGCUCCCAGAAACCACAACAACAGCAGCAACACCCCGACACCCGACUCGUCUGGACCAGACAACCCGACUGCCCGCUCCUGAGCAAACUAUCCGCCGAGCUCCGUCUCAUGAUCUGGGAGAUGGUGCUCGGCGGAAUGCGCAUCCAUAUCGUGCAGCGACCGAAUCGUCGCAUGGGCCACGUCGUGUGUCCGCGCACCAAGGCCUGCGAGAUUUGUCGCGGCGGGUUACCUUCGCGAGAGGGGAACGCGAAGUUAUUGGCGUUGGUGGUGGCUUGUAAGCAGAUAUCUAUCGAAUCCCUUCCCCUCCUCUACACCCACAACGUCUUCGAAUUUAGCAACACCUGGUCCCUAACCUACCUCCUCCCCACGAUCCCCCUCGAACUAUGGAACUGCAUCCGCGCCGUCGAACUCCGCUGGGCCUUCCCGGGCCACUGGCUGCCCUCCAAGGACCCCGUGAAAUCGGUCUACUUCUCUGCUGGCCGCCAGCAGUGGGUUGAGACGUGUCGGGCGCUGACGAGCAUGUCGGGAUUGCAGCGUUUUACGCUGCAGUUGAGCGGGAGUUGGUUCUGUGAGCCGGUGGAGAAGAUCCCGGUGUUUUUGGAGCCGUUACGGGAGUUGAGGGUUAAGGGGGGUUGGAGGUUGAAGUUGCCGGGACAGCCGUAUUAUGUGAAGGAGGUGGGGAAGGUGGAUGGAGAUUUGAGGAAGAGGGGGAUUGUUUGUUUGGUUAGUUAG